AUGGUGAAUGCAAGAGAAUGGUUAAAUGAAAAGAUUCCGGAAGAUCAAAGAGCACGAGUAACACAUCUCCAUAUUUAUGGGUAUUCAGCAACUCAACACGUUUCUGCCGUUCCAACCAACAAAUUCAAUAAUAUCACGUUGGAAGGAGAGUUAAAUCUUAAUAGCUUUGUAAAUUUGGAAGAAUUAUGUAUCGCUGGUAAUAGUAGUAGCAAACAGCAAAAGUUAACUAGUUUGAAGAUUGAUAAAUGUAAUAAGUUAACUACUCUAACAAUUACUUAUACCACUCUCGGUUAUUUAAGUUUACCUAAUAGAGCAAAUUAUAAAAAUAUUAAUUUAAGCAACAUCCCACAAAUCAUGUUCGAUGAUAAUAUAUUAAAAAAUCAAGUAGAAAGAUUAAUUAACACGGUUAGAAAUGUUAAGAGCACUGAUAUUAGUGAUCUAAAAUUAGAGGCUAAAAAAAUUGAAGAGGAAUAUUUGGAGUACCAAUUAGCUACUGUUAAAGAUAAAUUUAAGCACCAAUUUGUUGUUACUAAUGAAAACUUGAACAAAGAUAAUCAAUCAUGGUUAGAAGUUUUAGUAGAAGCUCAGCAAGAAGUUUUACAAGGUAGCAACGCUUUUGCCCGAAAACUAAUAGAAAAAAUUAAAAAACAACUAUCCAAUGCGUUAACCGAUGAAGAAAUUCAAAACAUUUUAGGCAAAAAAGUAGAGAUUAAUGAAUUGGAAAUUCAAAUAAAGAACCUCAAAAUUCAAGAGCAAGAAACUUCCAAAUAG